AUGCCUAGAAUGCGCGGCAGUCAUGAUUCAGCUAAGUACAUUGACACUCAUGGCCACCAUUGGGAAAUGAGCCGGCAAAAGACAGACCCACGAGCUCGGAGUCAUAACGCAAGUCCCCUGCUGCUGCUUCCCACAGAGAUACUUCAGUAUAUUGCAUACCUUCUCCCGAGCGAUGUCGAUAUAGUCAAUCUGGUGUCGUGCUGUGUUCACCUAGCUAGGGCGAUCUUACCGGCUCACUCGUCCAUCUGGCGGGAGCGAUUCAAGGACCUUUACGGUACCCCUCAGAGACGUUCUUCAAGUGAGCUCAAACUGGAGUAUCAGAUUCGUUCCAUUGUGCUGUCUCAGAAGAUCAACUUCCGAUACGGCCAGAAACAGGAGCAAACAUUGUGGCUGGAAGUGCUGAGAGACAUGCUUCUGGAAGCAUAUGAAUCAGCCCCGACAGAUGAACACACUGCUUCCAAACUCCUCGAGCAGAUUCAUAAGACACUCCACAACUCGGAAUUCCUGAACCGACCUGUAAGCGGAUAUGGUGACACGAAUACCGAUGCGCCUUCUGAGUUAUUUUACGCUGUUCAGCUAUGCCUCACCCACCUGGUGUUGGACCCGUCUAUGGCCGUCUAUUGCCUCAGGAAUGACUAUGAUAUUGGCGCCGUGUAUUCAUUCCAAGUCGAUAUCAGUGAGCCGCUUGUGAAUGUAGAGAAGCUGGAUCUGGGGAAAAUUUUACAUAUUCGCAACUUCUGGCUUCGUCAUCUCCUCAAUCCGAACGAAGCGACAUUCUGCUCCUCGUAUACACUGCUGCAUCAACGACCGAAUGCCACGCGAUCUCUGGGCGACAGCAGAUGUUGCUCUUUGCGCAUCAAGCUAGAUCCUGACCCGUCAAACUGGCCGACCUUAUUCGACAGCAUCAUCCCUAUCCUGGGGUCGAGAACGAGUUGCUCGUACUUUCGCGGCAUUGAAACGCAGCACGGAUCUGAUGACGAUUCAACAUACCUGGUGCGGGGCUUCACAGAAGUUAUCCCAAAGGCUCACGGUGGCUUCCCCUAUUGGCGCCGUAUAUGCUUUGCCAUCUACGAUGCGGACAGGGAACAACUCCCGCUUAUACCAAACGAUGAUGGGACAUCUGGAAAGGGAAAGGACGAUCUAUGGCUCCCGGAGGAAGCGUGGCCGCCAUAUGAUUUGGAGGUGGAAUUCAAUUGGGUCCAUGGAUACGAGGGGGUCAUUCUUCCCAGUGGAACGAUCAUGAUCGGACGAUGGAUUGAUAUGGUUGAACCGACUGCCCGAGGUCCUUUCAUUUUCUGGAAUGUGUGA